GCCCGGGAGCGCUAGGUGGCCCUUGAUCGCCGGCUGCCGCGGCCGGCGUUGCCCAGGGCCCCGAGAGGCCCUCGGAAGAAAAGACAUCUUCGGCCCCCAGCUCCUGUCCCCGGCUCGGCUCGGCGGCCGAGGCCCGUGAGUUUGCAAGCUCAGCUCUGGGCUUAAGGCAGCGACAGCAGCAGGAAAAACCUGCCCCUGCCCCCCCACACCCCUACCCCAGCCCCCGCCCCGCCACCUCCCCUCCCCUGGACUCCAGGCACUAACCAGGCACCCCAGUUCCCACUAGGCCCUCCUGCCAUGUCGGACCCAGACGUCCCCAGGGGCCCCGAUGUCCCUGCCAUGUGGCCCCCUUGUUCCAGAGGUGCCUGAGCCCCUCUUCAGGAGCCCAGCCCCUCCCCCACCCGAGCCUAGUCCGGGAGCCCCAGGGACCAUGAGUGGUGGUAAGAAGAAAAGUAGUUUUCAGAUCACCAGCGUCACCACGGACUAUGAGGGCCCAGGAAGCCCAGGGGCUUCGGAUCCCCCUGCCUCACCGGCUCCCGUUGGACCCCCGCCCCGCCUCCCCAAUGGGGAACCCAACCCUGACUCAGGGGGCAGGGGCACCCCCCGGAACGGCUCCCCGCCACCUGGAGCCCCUGCCUCCCGUUUCCGGGUGGUGAAGCUGCCCCAGGGCUUGGGAGAGCCUUAUCGUCGAGGUCGGUGGACGUGCGUGGAUGUUUACGAGAGAGACCUGGAGCCCCCAAGCUUCGGCCGGCUUCUGGAGGGAAUUCGAGGGGCCUCAGGAGGCACCGGAGGCAGAUCCUUGGAUUCUAGGUUGGAGCUGGCCAGCUUGGGCAUAAGCCCCCCAAACCCACCGCCAGGCCUGUCUCAGGGCCCCACCUCUUGGCUCCGCCCGCCCCCCACUUCCCCUGGACCACAGGCCCGCUCCUUCACAGGGGGGUUGGGCCAGCUGGCAGGGCCUGGUAAGGCCAAGGUGGAGACAGCCCCGCUGUCAGCCUCUCCACCCCAGCAACGCCCCCCGGGGCCUGGGACUGGAGAUAGCGCCCAGCCCCUGCCCUCUCUGCGGGUGGACGCGGGGUCUGGGAGUUCAGCAGCCGGCACCCCUCCACUGUCGCGGAGAAGAGACGGCCCAGUUCGUCUGAGGAUGGAGUUAGUCGGUCCAGACGACACAGGGAAGGUGGCUCCCAUCGACUCUCGCCCCAACUCCCCAGCCCUCUACUUCGAUGCCAGCCUGGUCCACGCGUCUCCAGACCCCUUUGGAGCUGCCGCAGCCCAGAGUCUCAGCCUGGCUCGUUCCAUGUUGGCCAUCAGUGGUCACCUGGACAGUGACGACGAUAGUGGUUCCGGAAGCCUGGUUGGCAUUGACAACAAGAUUGAGCAAGCCAUGGACUUGGUGAAGUCCCACCUCAUGUUUGCCGUGCGAGAAGAGGUAGAGGUCCUGAAGGAGCAGAUCCGGGACCUGGCCGAGCGGAACGCGGCGCUGGAACAGGAGAACGGUCUGCUGCGCGCCCUGGCCAGCCCCGAGCAGCUGGCCCAGCUGCCGUCCUCGGCGCUUGCACGGCUCGGGCCCUCUGCGCCCAACGGGCCUUCCAUCUGAAGCUCCUUUCCCUCACAAUGUGCCUUUGGGGGCUGCCGCCCGCCCCCUUUCCUAUGUAGCUUUAAUACCCACACCCAACCCCGGCGCCCGGGGUGGGGGUUGAAGGCUCAACAUUGGCCUGUCCCUUCCCACCUGGUCUCCCCCAGAGUCCCUAGGCCUUUUGGGAAGAGGGAAAACUCAGGAGGGGGUACUUAUCUGAAGCCCCUCAUCCAUGAAAGAAACCAGCCCCACCUCCUUCCCUGGGUUUCAGGGUUCUGGGGCCCCCUGGCCCCGGCCAGCAGUAGAUGGCCUGGAAAGAUUUGGAGGUGACCUGGCAGGCCCCACCCUGCGCCCCCUCUCCUCUGCCCAGGGGAGGGUGUACGGACAGUGUGUUCAACUUCUGGGAUUCAGGUUGUUGUUAAAAUAAUAAUUAUUAAAAAAAUUCUGAAGAAACUUGAA